AUGAAAACCCUCAGCAGCCCCACUAACUCCAGCACCAUCACGGGUUUCAUCCUCCUGGGCUUCCCCUGCGCCAGGGAAGGGCAGAUCCUCCUCUUCGUGCUCUUCUUCACUGUCUACCUCCUCACCCUCGUGGGCAACGCUUCCAUCAUCUGUGCUGUGCGCUGGGAUCAGAGACUCCACACCCCCAUGUACCUCCUGCUGGCCAACUUCUCCUUCCUGGAGAUCUGCUAUGUCACCUCCACAGUUCCCAGCAUGUUGGCCAACUUCCUCUCUGACACCAAGGUCAUCUCCUUCUCUGGGUGCUUCUUGCAGUUCUAUUUCUUCUUCUCCUUGGGUUCUACAGAAUGCUUUUUCCUGGCAGUCAUGGCCUUUGAUCGCUACCUUGCCAUCUGCAGGCCUCUACACUAUCCCUCUCUUAUGACUGGGCGCCUCUGUAACAUCCUCGUGAUCAAUUGCUGGGUGCUUGGUUUCCUCUGGUUCCCAGUUCCCAUCAUCAUCAUCUCCCAGAUGUCCUUCUGUGGGUCCAGGAUUAUAGACCAUUUCCUAUGUGACCCAGGCCCUCUGUUGGCCCUCAGCUGUUCCAGAGCCCCACUGAUGGAACUUUUCUGGACAAUAACAACUUCUUUGCUCCUCUUUGUUCCUUUUAUCUUCAUCAUGGGAUCUUACAUGUUGGUCCUGAGAGCCGUGUUUAGAGUUCCUUCAAGAGAUGGACGAAGAAAGGCUUUCUCCACUUGUGGGCCCCAUGUGACUGUGGUUUCUCUUUUCUAUGGAUCAGUGAUGGUCAUGUAUGUGAGCCCAACAUCUGAACAUGCAGCUGGGAGGCAGAAGCUUGUGACUCUGUUUUAUUCUGUAGUUACUCCACUCAUUAAUCCUGUAAUAUACAGUCUGAGGAACAAAGAUAUGAAACAUGCAAUGGAGAAGUUUUUGAAAACAUAGAAAUCAGAAUUUUAAUCAAACAAAAAACUCGCAUUAGAGUGUGUAGGUAUACACUGUAGAAUAUUAUUCAACCACAGGAAUGAUUUAAUAGUGUAAUUUUCAUAAGCAAGGAUAAAACUGGAGGACAUUGUGUUAAGUAAAAUAAUCAAGCCAUGGGAAUUCAAACACCACAUGUUCUCAUUCAAGUGUAGAAAAUUUAAAGAAUAGGACCAGGAAGUAUGAGGAGAUAAAAUAUGGUUAAUGUCCAAAGUGGGUACAGGAGGACAGUUACUCAUCAUCUGUGUUUGAUAGUGGAAUCAGCAUGUCUGACACAUGCUAGUUCUGUUUCACACAAGAUAGU